AAACUAAAUUAGACCAAACCCAUUUUCCCACACCAACCCUUCUAGUCUCAACUCAAAGACUUUCCCUUAAUUUUUCACUUUCAGCACAAGUCCCUCAAAAAAAGGGUUUAACACUUUAACUUUUAAGUCCCUUCUCUCCCAAACUUUCUCUCUCUCUCAGAACAUUGGUUCUUCCAAAUUAAAAUUUUCAGCCUUUCCCUUCAAGCUAAUACAUUUAAUAAAUUGUAAAGGUUCAAGCUUUCAAGCUAAAUAUCGUUUCUUCGUUCUAUAUUUCAUUUGGGUCAUUCUGUGCUUGUCCCAUUUCAGUGAAAUCCUAAAAAGGGUCUCUUUGAGUGUGUUCUGAAGAGGGUUCUUCUUUCUACUAACUUAAAUUCAAGACUAGCUUUUGUGUUGAACAAUGAAUUAGUUUGUGGGGUAGUAGAUUUCAUUUCUUGGCAAAACUCCAUUUGGAAAAAGUAAGGAUUUUUAGCUAUUUCAGUCCUAUUUGGAAAAAGUAAGGAUUUUUGGCAGUUUCAGUGAAGUGGGUAUUUUUUGUAAGGAAGAAAAAAGAUGAUUCAGUUGUUGUUCUUGGUGCUUUUUGCUGAGGGUGCUAUGGCUUUUCUUUUGUUGGUGAAGAUAGGGCCAUUAAGGGAUCUUGUGAUGAAAAGCUUGGAUCAACUCAAGAUGGGAAAAGGUCCAGCUACAGUUAAAACUAUUGCUGGAACAAUGUCUGUGAUUCUCCUUUCAAGUUUUAUGAGUAUUGUUAAGAUCCAGAACAAAGGUGCUAAGCUUGGUACUAUGUCACCUAUGGAUCAAGUUCUUUGGAGAACUCACUUGCUUGAGGCUUCACUCAUUGGUUUUACAUUAUUCCUUGGAUUCUUAAUCGACCGAAUGCACCAUUAUCUCCAAAAACUUAUUAAUUUAAGGAGUAACAUGGGAGCUUCAAAAGAAGAAGUUGAAAAUCUCAAAAAAGAAACCAUGGAGUUCAAAGAAAAGGAAGAGAAAGCUUCCAAGGAGAUAAAACAGCUGAAGAAAGAACUUUCAACUUUGUCAGAAGGUUUGAAAAAGGCAAAGAUGGAAUCCGAAGAGAAAGACAAGAGAGUUGAGACCGCCGAAUCUCAUGUUGCUUCCCUCCAAAAACAAGCUGCAGAUUUACUUCUUGAGUACGACCGACUCUUGGAAGAUAACCAAAAUCUUCAGGCUCAAGCAAUGGGACAUAAGGGUUGAGGAGAUAACCAAAACCUUCAGGCUCAACCAAAAUUUUCUUGUGGAAGCGUCCCUAGUUUUGUUCCAGAAUCAUCUUUAAUUAGGAAAAAAAUAUGAAAAAAGGGUAUAUUUUGGUCCUUCCUAAAAAUGCUAGAGACCAAAUUAACUCUUGCUGAAGUUUUUACAAAUUUUGCAGUCACCUCAACUUGUUCACCAUUUUGUUAUUAAAUUGUUUCUCAACAAUUGGCCAUCUGAGUUUUUUUUCUUCCCUCUUUUUUGGUUUGGUUUGGAUGGAUACAUUUUCAGUUCAGAGCUAUUGGCAGGACAAAUACAUGUCAUGAAUUAGGGAAAAAGUGUGGUGAAUUUCGUCGUUAUAAUUGUGCUUCAUGCUGCAUUUUCUAUUCC